CGAAGGCUGUUAAAGAUGUCAACAGGGCUCGCUGCAACCGUAACACUGUAUAGCCGUCAGGAGACAACUGGUGUCUUUGUGAACAUGAUCGAAACCCAUGCUCCCCAUCGACUGCCACUCUGUGACAAAGCAAGCCAGCAAGACUAAUGCCUAGAAUCAACAAGACGGUGGUCCUGGCGCUUCUUAUUGCAGCUAGUUCAGUGUUUCUCCUGUUCCAGCUGUAUUAUUACAGACAGUAUGUGUCAAAGCAUGGAACUGUCUCCAACAGCAAAGCUAGUCAGAAGGGGAGUGAUGCACAGUGGCAGGUGGUGAAGAAGUUUCUGGGUCUGGUAUCCAAAUAUAAUCUUCCAGUGUUCCUGAUUGACACGGCUGUCCUGGGCCUGCUCCCUCUGGACUCCACCCAGCAAAGGGACAGCCAGGCCGAGGGGCCCCACUGCCAGACCCUUUGCACACACAGAGAGUUCACUACCUUUGCACUGCUGGCCAAGCUCUGGAAGUAUGAUGCGAGCCUGACCCAAGCAGCAGCUGAGCGUGGGCUGGAGCUGCUGGAAGUACGCGGGAAGGACCCCCGGCUGGUGGGCCUGGAUGACCUCUCCGGCACCGAGAUCCCCCUCCACUUCCUCUUCCGCCGUAACAGCCAUGCUGUGCACCUGGUGGUCUUCUACGAACGCAGCGGGAACUAUCUGUGGCACGGCCCACUCCGGCUCAAGCCCAACAUGGACAGGAAGUUUGUGCCCUUCCGGAAGCUGGACUUUGGACGUCAGGCAGGAGCCUAUGACAGACCAGAGUUAGUGACAGCCUCACUGGACGGUCUGGACGUGCGGAUUCCCAGGAACACCUCGCGCUUCCUGAGCGAGCGUGCCCAGGCCCGCUUUCUGGAGUGCAGAUACCGAGACGCACGGGCCUUCUAUCAGCUGUAUCCUGAUGACACGUCCCCAGAGGCCAUGGACUUCAGGAUGAAGGCGAAGAGUCUGCUACACUUGGCUGCCCGAACCCUCACUGACCUAGGGGUGCCCUUCUGGCUGAGUAGUGGCACCUGCCUGGGCUGGUUUCGGCAGUGCAAUGUCAUUCCCUACAGCAAAGACGUUGACCUGGGUAUCUGGAUCAAGGACUAUCGGCCUGACAUCACCCAGGCCUUUCAGAAGGCUGGCCUACCCCUCAAGCACAAAUUUGGAAAGGUGGAGGACAGCCUGGAGCUUUCCUUCCAGGGCCCGGAUGUGAAAGUGGACAUAUUCUUCUUCUAUGAGGAAGGGGACAUUGUGUGGAAUGGGGGCACGCAGGCCAAAAGUGGCAAAAAGUUCAAGUAUGUGUUCCCGAGGUUCACUUUGUGCUGGACAGAACUGUUGGAGCUCAAGGUGCGUGUCCCCUGCGAGACACUGGACUACGUAGAGGCAAACUAUGGCCCAAACUGGAACAUUCCUGUCAAGACCUGGGACUGGAAGACCUCGCCGUCCAAUGUGAAGGAGAACGGGGUGUGGCCAGUAAGAGAGUGGGACGAGGUCAUCCAGGUGUACUGAAAAGCACAGGGCUCUCUGACUUAACGGUACAUUGGGACAUGAAGGGGAGAGUCAGGUGAUUGAUAUGCUUGGGGUUCUUUCCGUCCCCAACAGCAGGUUCAGGAUCUGGUGAAACAUCCCUCACACCAGCGUCCUAACCUGAAUUUUGAAACCUGCAUCUUGUGUUAUCUUGAAUCAGUGAGUGCGGUAAAAUGCUAUCCUCAAAGACCAGCUGUAAGGUGUUCUUUCAUCUCUGUCGUUUUUGAAACUGGAAACAACUGCCAGAGAUUUUUUGUUGUCAUUGAGA